AUGCCUUGGAGGGAGGAAUACGCGCAGCUUUUGUCAUUCCUCGACGCAUGCAGCGUCACAUUUCCCCUUCGUACAUUCAACAACACUCCAGAAAAAGACUUCACUUCAAUCAGACGCAUUGCUUUUGCCUUGGAAAACAUGGUUUUACAGAUAGAUCAGUUGAAGAAACCUUUGGUUCCCUCAACGCAGGCACUUGCGCAGUCGCUUGUCUGUAAAUUCAAUGGACUCCAUCGCCGUCUUUUUGGGAAACCAAUCAGCGUUCUUGAGUACGGUACUGGCCAUCAGACUUUCUCUCAUUGGAUAAAGACCUGCUCAUACAUUCUCGGUGGAGUUGAUCAAAUCAAAUUUGUUUUCCUGCUUUCCAUAUGGGUCCCGUAUCUUCACUACUACGUAGAGGCAAUUCUCGUAGCUACAGUUGUAUAUCUAUUCAUAAAUAGGAGGAAUUCUAGGAAUCAAGUGCCGAAAUUGACUGAGGAACAAAAAGAUGCAAUAAUAGCCGCAUGGCAACCAGAACCAUUGGUACCUGGUACGCCUCAGGACCAUCCGGUUUUGAACCAAAAGUUUGCUGAUGGGAAGAUGACUAAGUAUGUGAAGAUUGAGGGGAAAGAAUAUCUGAAUAUGGCCACAUCAAAUUUCUUAGGAUUUGUUGGCGAGAAGAGGAUAGAGGAAGUCGCCAAAAAGACGAUUCAGAAGUAUGGUGUAGGCUCCUGUGGUCCUCGUGGAUUCUAUGGAACAGUCGAUGUCCAUCUGAAUUUGGAAGCUGAAUUAGCCAAAUUUAUGGGUUGUGAAGAAGCUGUGUUGUAUAGUUACGCGUUUGCUACUGUAGCCAGUGCCAUUCCAGCUUAUGCCAAGAGAGGAGAUAUUAUUUUUGUUGACAAAGGUGUGAAUUUUGCAAUUCAAAAAGGUCUGCAGGCCUGUAGAAGUCGUAUUGAAUGGUUCGAACACAACGAUAUGGAAGAUUUGGAAAGGUUAUUAGAGGAACAGGAUGUCAGAGAUAAGAAGGAUCCUAAGAAAGCUAAGACCAUUCGGCGAUUUAUCAUUGUGGAAGGUUUGUACGUAAAUACUGCUGAUCUCUGUCCACUGCCACGAAUUAUGGAAUUCAAAUGGAAGUACAAGGUCCGUGUUUUCAUCGAUGAAAGCUGGUCAUUUGGAGUGAUAGGAAAAACAGGACGAGGUGUGACGGAAUAUUAUGGUGUGCCAAUCAUUGACGUGGACAUGGUGAUGGGAUCGCUGGAGAAUGCCAUGGCAUCGACAGGAGGUUUUUGCGUUGGACGCUCCUAUGUGGUCGGACAUCAGCGAUUAUCAGGACUUGGGUACUGCUUCUCCGCUUCCCUUCCACCUUUACUAGCUACAGCAGCAAGUGAAGGACUAAGAAUGAUAGAAGAACAACCAGAAAGAAUAGAGAGAUUGCAGCGACUUGCUGUGGCUGUCCAUCGUGGAUUGCUGGCAGCAUUUGAGGGAACAAAGUUCGGCGUACAGGGUGUUGAGAUUAGUCCAAUGAAACAUGUCAUGUACAAUGGAGAAGAUGCUGAGAAAAAGUUAGAUAUGUUUGUUGAUAAGCUCUUCGAUGAAGCAUCAGUCAUGAUCACGCGUGCUCGCUAUUUGGAACACGAUGAAAUGUUUCCUAUCAAACCAAGUGCUCGUGUGAUGGUGCAAUCGGAAAUGACAGACGAGGAAGUGGAACGUGCUCUGGUAGCGAUUGCAGAGAGCGAUGAGAUUUUGAAGAUGUACAAAAGUGUGUUCCAUAUUCUGGCUCGCAUCCGGCGCACUGCUUGCUCGACGUUCUCGCUUUGCGCUGGAGCCAAGCCUGACAAAGUAUCUCGUCGUAGCGGACAUAAAAGAAGUGCACCAGUGGAUGAAGCAGAAGCCGGUAUACCAGAUAACCAUGCCUACAAAUCUGAGGACGAAGGAUCAUACGCUUAUGAGCCCACUCCCGCAAAAAGAGAGCGUCAAACGCCCGACGAAGCUGAGCCUGCGAUAGAGCCGAGUCUCAAAGUAUGCGACAUCGACCCACGUGUUACCUAUGAAGGAGGAAAGUACAUGGCAGAAUACUAUGUACCCUCGGCAUUCCAUGGUAAAUUCUUGGGUUUACGCGGAGAUCUGCGCCAAGAAAUAGAAGAAUCGACUGAUUGCCAGCUUAAAAUCCCCAAAAAAGGCCAAACAGGGAAUGUUGAGAUCGAGUCAUCUGUUGGACUUGAGAAUGUGCAGCGAUGUUUGGAUCGACUAGAGCUGCUACUGAUUGACGCCAAAAAGAAGGCUAAAGUUACACACUUUAUCGCAAUACCCUGCACAGCGCCGGAGAUCGUUGAAGCAUUUGAGAAGUUUAAGGAGGCGGUAACUGUCGAUGAGCGUAUUCCAGAACGGUCUCGAAAUCCCAAACUCUUCACUGCUCCUCUCAAAUUACACAUUACGGUGUGCGUUCUUUGGCUUUUCGACGAGGAAGAGCAGAAGAAGGCGGCCGAUGUCAUCGAAGGUUGUCGAAAGGAAAUCAUUGCUACCCUACCUAAGAUUCCCUACGAGGUUGAAGUGAAUGGUGUUGAAGGAUUCGAUAACAAGUCGACCAAUCUCAAAGUCUUAUACGGCGGAAUACACUCAGAAGCUUUGCAAAACGUGUGCGAUUUGUUACGUAGAAGGCUCGUCCAAGCUGGAAUGUCUCCGGCAAAGGAGAAAUCCAAAUCGACUUUGGAUUCACCAGUACGAAUGCACAUGACUUUGAUGAAAAGCACUUAUGCUAAUCGGAGGAAGCCGAAAGCCUUUGAUGCGAAGCUCAUUUUAGACGAUUACAAAGACUAUCAUUUCGGAACAUUUGCUGUCGACAAGAUCUACAUAUGCUCAAUGCAAGGUAUUGACAAGGAAACUGGUUUUUACCAAAAAUGUUACGAGAUGUCAUUGCUGUGAAACAAAGUUUUCGCGGAGCUUGUAAAUGCUAGUGAUUGUUUUUUCGUUUGUUAUUUCCGCCAUUCAGUGCUCGUUGUAAAUUUUAUGCUGUUUGAAUCGUGUUGUCAGCAAUUUCUUAUGUUGUACAGGCUAUAUAUUACAAAUGUAAACGUUAUUUGUUGAUCUUCUUUUAAUUACCUAACCUCAACAUUAUGUCCUCAUUGUGCCCAUCAUAUGAAAUGUACUACCUUACCUUGUAGAGACAGAUCUAUUUUCCCAAUGCCUUCUUGAAUAAGAGGCGCGGGGACCUUCGCGAAAGACUGUUGGGCCUAAUUCGUAGCUUGUUACGGCCCUAUUCGCACAUUCAUUGUUCCAAGUGAUUCACGUUUGUUACAUAUUGCUCAUAUGAGUUUCCGAUGUCUAAUGUGUCAUAGCACAAUAGCAGAGCGGGAGAAAUAUGCUUUGAUGAAGUAACAGUAGAGAGG